UGGUCAGCCGGGCAUUGUCUCUAACCUCACUUUUGUGUUUUGUUUUUAGGAAAACAAACUUUUUUCUCACGAAUAAAUUGUGCAAAAUAAAAGUGAAAUGGUGGAAAAUAGUGAAGAAAAAUCAGUUGUAUCACUUCUAGGAUAUACCGGGACACAGAUUUGUCGGUUUUGUUUGGGAACAAGUGAGAAUUACCUUGAUUUGUUGACAAAUGAAAGAGGCUCCGAUGUUAUUGUUUUUCUCAAAAAAUAUUUAAACUUCUCAAUUGAUUCCUGUGAUUCCUGGCCAAAAUGUGCCUGUUUGAAAUGUGUAGAAAAAAUAGAAUCCUUCAGUAGACUUUGGGAAACAAUUCAGAAGAGUGAAGUAGCCCUGAGGGAGAUAUACAUAAAAAAGGAAGAUGUGGAAUCUGAGGAGAUUCCGGAACUCUCGGAAAGUGCCGUAGAUGAAAUUCUUCUGAAGAUUGAAGAAAGCUCAGAAAGUUCAGCACAAGAAAGUCCCUCGAAACCUGAUACUCCGCCUGUGGACGAUGGGAAUAGAGAUGAGCUUAUGAUAGGUGAAUUUAUAGCUCUAAUUUGUGAUAUAUGCAAAAAGGAUUUUGCAAAACUCGGGGAAUUGCGCCUCCAUUUCCGGCGGGAGCACAAAAAAGUGUGGUAUGUGGUGUGCUGUAAAGUUAAACUUAGACACAGGAAGCAUAUCCUGGAACACUUGUCCUAUCACACAAAUCCCAAUGCCUUCAAGUGUCCUCAUUGCCUCAGGCAGUUUAUGAGCCAACAGGCUCUCUCGAAUCACACUGAGAAUCGCCACAAGCCCGAAAAACGCGUCCUAGUCUGUGACAUCUGCAAGAAGACCUUUGCUUUCAAGUCCAUCUUGACCACUCACAUAAGGGAAUUGCACCUGAAGAUCAAGAGGACGCCCAAGAAGAUAAGGGACAUUCCAAGACCAGAGAAAAAGUGCAUUUGUGAGAUUUGUGGACGAGAAUUUGAUAGAAUGAAGACAUUGAAGAGGCACUUUGACACCCACUCAACUUUCUUCAAGUCCAGUGCUAAGACAGAGGCACAAUUUAAGUGUGACCAAUGCGAAAAUGUGUACAAGACCAGGCAUUCACUGUACACUCACGCCAAAAAGCACAGUGCCUACGGGACCUACAAAUGCAAGAUCUGCCCUAAAGUUUCUCCUACGCCAAAUGCCCUGCGGAAGCACGUGAAGGAUAGUCACACGCUGACCAGGGAUUUUGUCUGUCACAUCUGCAACAAAGGAUUCAAGCGCCAGAUCGUCCUUAAGGAACAUAUAGCCACCCACACUGGAGAGUAUCUCUAUUCCUGUGAGAUUUGCUCCAAACAAUUCCGGGCUGGAGCGUCCAAGAGUCAACACAUUCGCCGGGAGCAUCCAGAGAUGCGCCAGAAGACCACCUGCCCUCGAAUUCAGAGCUAAAUCUUGGGAGUUUGUGUGUGUUUGCGUAUGGAAAUAUCGGGCACUCGUUAUCAUCCAGCAGACUCAAGUGACGUCGAAGACGAUCUCAGUCAAAGGUCAACUGAUUCUUAGUUGUGAUUACACUUCAGUUGGUGUCAUUUGUUCAGUCAGAUCGCAUUCCAAAGCCAAUUUCGUUUUUUUAGGGAGAAUAAAAUGAGAAUUUUUGGUAU